AUGGAGGCCAUCGCUGAGAAGCACGCGGGCUUCAUCUCCCGCCUGACGAAGCUUCUCGAUCUCUUCGUCACGAUGCGCUACAUAUCUCCAUCUGAUAUCAUUCGCCCACCUCACUCUUCCGAGACCGUCGCAACUUCCAUCUUCGAGAAGAUAGGCCUGGAUUCUGAGGUCAUUCAUUUGAUAAGAUCAAUCCCUGCAUUGCGCAGCGACAUUGUCGAAUCGUGGCAGUGGUUCGGCGUCGAGUUGAUCCCCCGUUCAAAAGCCGUAACAUAUUUCGCGGACUCUGGUGACACAGAUUUCGUCGAGGAUCUGCGGUGGGAAACGAUUAUUGAGUGGUCUUCAGUUGGACCUGACCGCAACGAAUGGGAGAAAGCACCUAGACGGCCAGUUGAGACCGUGCUUGAUGAGAUUAUUGCAAAGUUUCAAAGCCUGGAAUGGGUUCCGUACUAUGACCCCUCAGAGGACGACGAUCCUUGCCAUCCACCAUCGCGAAAGAUCUUGGAAGAUCCUAUCGUUAUGCAGAAUAUCUUUCCUGGAGGUAUUCGUCUCCCUACUGAGACGACCGCCGCGAUUCAGUAUAUGAGACAGCACCAUGGCCCAGAUGGUGCUGAUGGGUGGCGACGGAGGAUCAAUCGUUUCCGAGCGUGGCAGAAGAUCUACCGCGACUGCGGAUGGGGCUCAGGGACAUUUGACGGCGAAGCCUUCGAACUGAAAAGAGCGGGUUUUAUUGUGGCUUUAGAAGAGCUCGAUGAUUUGGAGUCGGAGGCACGCAAUCGCCCGUGGCUUAUUUCUAUCGGUGCACAACAGGUAGUUGGAGAAGAUGCUCCCACGUUGGAGCAAAUUACUUCACGGCUUGAUCAUUUCCUUGUGCAAGCCGCUGGAGAGCUCGCUGUUUGA